UCGAUCGUGCUCCCCUCCACCCGCACGCGCGGCAGGCUUUCUGUUCUGGUUUGGGGCGUAGAACCACACCGGAACGGAAUUAGUUAUCGACCGUGAGCGCUAUCGCGAGGUAGCAUACGAAACGUUGGCUCUUCCCCGCUUGCCGUCGUUAGCGACACUCGUCACAGUGCUUUGUGUCUGCAUUCCGUGCCCGUCGUCUUUGCUACCGGAGCUAUCCACGAACCCGUCGACGCCCGGCCGAACCAUGUCGUUUGUUACUGUGCCGCAGGGAAGCGAUUUCCCGCUGGAGAACCUUCCGUACGGUGUGUUCAGCACCGCCGGCAACCCUACUGCCCGUAUUGGCGUGGCAAUCGGUGAGCAGAUCCUUGACCUGUCCGCGGUGCUCAGCUUCUACCCGGAGCGAGUGCAGGGUGCGCUAAAGUCGACCGUCCUGAACGAUCUCAUGUCGCUCGGCUGGGAAGCGUGGGAUGAGGUGAGACGCACUACGAAGGAGCUGCUGCUGGAGGGUUCAGCGCUGCACAAGGACGCCGCCCUGCAGCAGCGAGCGCUGGUGGCACAGUCCGACGCCCAGAUGCACCUGCCGGCCACGAUCGGCGACUAUACGGACUUUUACUCGUCGAUCCAUCACGCCACGAACGUGGGCGUCAUGUUCCGCGGCAAGGAGAACGCACUGAUGCCGAACUGGAAGCAUCUGCCGGUCGGGUACCAUGGGCGGGCGAGCUCGGUCGUCGUGUCGGGCACCCCGAUCCGCCGCCCGUACGGCCAAACGCUCCCGGUCGAGGGUGCCGAACCGGCGUUCGGCCCUUGCCGGCUGUUUGACUUCGAGCUGGAGAUGGCAUUCUUCGUCGGUGGACCGCCGACCGCGCUCGGCGAGCGGGUGUCGGUGCGGGACGCGGCCCGGCGCGUGUUCGGCUUCGUGCUGAUGAACGACUGGAGCGCACGGGACAUCCAGAAGUGGGAGUACGUACCGCUCGGCCCGUUUACGGCGAAAAAUCUCGGCACCACGAUCUCGCCGUGGGUCGUACCGGUGGCGGCGCUGGAACCGUUCCGGGUGGAUAACUUCCCGCAGGAUCCGGCACCGUUCCCGUACCUGCAGCACGAGCAGCAGUUCAACUUCGACAUCAAGCUGGAGGUUGACAUCAAACCGAAGACAACCGGCGUAGCAACGACGGUCUGCCGGUCCAACUACCGCAACCUGUACUGGACGGCGCUGCAGCAGAUCGCACAUCACACCGUCACCGGGUGUAAUUUGAAGCCGGGCGACCUGAUGGCGUCGGGCACGAUCAGCGGCGACGCGUCCGACUCGUUCGGCUCGAUGCUGGAGCUAAGCUGGAAGGGCACGAAGCAGGUUUCGCUGGCCGGUGGGGAGACGCGCAAAUUUCUCCAGGACCACGACGAGGUGCUGAUCCGCGGCUACUGUACCGGGGCCGACGGGUUGCGCAUCGGGUUCGGAUCUUGCGCCGGUGUCGUACUUCCGGCCACGCCGUUCGAGUAACACACACACUCAUCCACCCAACCACCCAGUUUCUUCAGUUUUCGGAGGCGCAUUACACGCGGAGGAGUAAUAGCUGGCAGUGACCAGUUGCAGUCGUGUUGGUUUUUUACAGCUACAAUUUCCAAUAGAUAUUAUACGCCUUUAUUAAUGCAUUCUUA